AUGCUCUCCUAUUCAAACAUCGUAAUACUCCUGCUUCUGGUAACUCCAGCGAACAGCAAACAUGCUCAUCGAAUCCACACAAAAUCCACUGGCUCCAGUCUUCCACUUGGCAUCAAGGUCGAGGAAAAUCCCAACUGUCCAGUCAUGCUUCACUCAGAUGUGGAGGAUAGCAUCGAGAAAACUUAUGAAAAAGCGCAGGCUGUCGUCAUCGGGAUCAUCAUUUCGCUGAUUGUGCUUACAGUAACUCUCUUGGUAGUUAUCUUGUGCUGUUGCCGCCGAACAAUCGCACUACGAGACAACACAACGUAUACUGCUGUUCAACGAUUUGAGCCGGUAAUUAAACUCGCAGAAGAAUGCUCAUCAAACAUCUACUCAAAAGGUCCACUCACUCCUCGCAAUGCCAGAUGUCCUUCAAUCACUGUCUAA